AUGGCUCAACCAGGAACUGAAACUCCCCUAUCUUCAACCCCAAUUUGUCCAUCUGAGGCCAAUGCUGUCCAUGAAGUUAUAGGCUCUUCCUCUCACCCAAAAUCACCAUCAUCUAAGAGGAAACGCGGUAGGCCUGUGGGCUCCAAGAACAAACCAAAACUACCACCCAUUAUUGACCACCACAACCACCAUGCCCAAAAACCUAUUUUCAUUCAAGUCCCUAGAAACUCUGAUGUGAUUGAGGCAGUGGUCAAAUUCGCUCGUGACUACCAAGUUAGUGUCACCGUGCAAAGUGCAUCCGGAUCUAUUCUCAAUGCCACUCUUCGCAACUCUCACUCUUCCACUUCUGCUUUCAUUGUUCAUGGACCCUUCACUUUAGUUUCCCUCACCGGCACUUGCUUAUACAACAACCCUUCUGUGGUUUCAUCAUCAUCAUCAUCAUCAUCAUCAUCAUCUAAUCGUGACCUUUGUUGUUCUUUUAGGAUUUCCAUUGCUUCAAAUUUAGGUCAAAGCCUUAUGGGGGUUGUCGGCGGCAAAGUUAUUGCAGGUGAUGAUGUUAAUGUGGCAGCUACAGUUUUCAAGAACUCUAUGAAUGAUAAUAGGGUUGGUACCAAUGGUGCUGAUGAGGGAGGAGAUAACAACAACCUUAACAAUGUCAUCUAG